AUGGCAGCGCGACCCGGGGAGGAGCUUGUGGCUACUCUCUUCGUUGAUGCGCACUACUACUACAGUCCUCCGACUUCGAAACCUCUGCAUCAUCGCUUCGAUAAGAGCUCCUACCUCUACCUCUUUGAGAAUGCGACACUGAGGAGAGCGAGGAUAGAGAUCGCCAACAAUGCCGGAACGCCUGAGCAAGAUGCCUUUACCGGACAUCUUGAUGGUGCCCAUGUUCAUUACUCGCACAAACACUCAAAUCUUGUCACACUGACUGUCGAUGGGCAUAGUCGUCAAGCUAUCAGCGGGCCGCCGCCUGAUAGCCAAGAGUGGCAUCUCCCUACCUUCGAUCCUCGGAAUGAAAAGAAAUACAUGUACAAGCUCCAUACUGUCGAUGUAUAUUUCUGGCUGAAGGAGGAUGCGCAUCAAUUCCUGAAUGGUGUUCGGAGGGUUUUGCCCCCGCAGCAAAUCACAAUACAAGAUGAACCGGUUGCACCUCCGCCUCAUCAACACGACAUGAGUCCUGUAGUUCAGAAACUAGAAAAUAUGGCCAUUACGCAUUCCCCAUACCACCAGGGGCAGAUUGGCAGUUCUCAACCUGCACCCGCUCCUAUAUCUCAGUCCAGCACUAGUACAUUCCCUGGGCCACCUAUUUCAGCAACACCACAAAGUCAGGAAGCAUCCAACUUUGCGCCACUUGCAUACAACCCCGCCGCGCCAGCAGCCCCGGAAUCUAUCAUGCAUCGAGAGAAGACCCCUCCCCCUCAGGAUGGAGCUGCAAAUCCUCUUGCCGCAGCGGCAGCCUCAGACCAAGGCCAGACCUACGGUAUCUCUUUUCAAAAUCCAGGAGGUUUUGCUGCUCCUCCAACCCAGGCCACACAGCAACAACAUGGUUAUUUCCCCGGUCCUCCAGCACCCACUGCACCUCCAUCACAGUUCAACCAACCUCCUCCCUCCGCUGGGAUGCAAUCGCCCUACGCGCAACACUUCCAACACUCCUUCGCCGCUCCCCCAACCGCGCCAGCAAGCUCAAGUCCCUUCUCGCAACCACCCCCAGCUGCGCCUGGCCCUCCGCCAUACCAGCAUCAACCGCAAGCCUCAGCACCGCAUAUCCCCGUGACGCAACAAUAUGCUACACAACCUCUCUCCCCAGGAUUAUCGUCAUCCGGCGUCCCCUCCCCAGGGAUUUACUCUCCGCUCCAAACUCCUGGAACGUAUGCGCCAGCGGCACCUUCCCCGCCAAGCGCGCCGCCAGGCGGCUUCGCCACCUUCAAUUAUGCGCCACAGCAGCAGCUCAACCGUGCUCAUACGCAGCCUCUGAUGACCGACUAUUCGAUUCACCAACAAGCUUAUAGGCCGACAGCAGAGGAGGCAGCCGCAUACGGAAAUGAGAAAAAGCCAAAGCCACCGGGGGGAAAGCUAGAAGCACAUGGAGCGCAGGUAGAGAAGGGUGUUAGUGGGUUAUUAAGGAAGCUGGAGAAGAAACUUGGAUGA